AUGGCGCGCGCCGACUUCAAGCACGACUCCUCCAGCGCCAGCAACAUGGAUCCCAAGCUCGAGCACCCGCCGCCGCGUCUGUCGGUCGGCGAGGCCGAGACGGCCGACCAGCUGCUCGAGAACCUCGGAUACAAGCCUGAGCUGUCGCGCAACCGCUCCACACUCCAGGUCGCCUUCAUGUCCUUUGUGCUCGCCUCGAUCCCCUACGGCCUCGCCACCACGCUCAUCUACCCGCUCAUCGGCGGCGGCCCCGUCAACAUCAUCUGGGGCUGGGUCCUCGUCUCCCUCAUCAUCAUCUGUGUCGCUGCCUCGCUUGGUGAAAUCACGAGUGUCUAUCCCACUGCCGGAGGUGUCUACUACCAGGCCUUCAUGCUCUCGCCCCCCAAAUGGCGCCGCGUCGCGAGCUGGGUCUGCGGUUGGGCAUACGUCGUGGGCAACAUCACCAUCACCCUCGCCGUCAACUUCGGCACGACCCUCUUCUUCGUCGCAUGCAUCAAUGUCUUCGAGUCCGAGCCCGGCGUCGGCGUCUUUGCCGGCGAGCCGUACCAGGUCUUCCUCAUCUUCCUCGGCAUCACCAUCCUGUGCAAUGCCGUGUCUGCUCUGGGCAACAAGUGGCUGCCGUGGCUCGAUACCGCUGCCAUCUUCUGGACCUUUGCCGGUGUCAUCGCCAUCAUGAUCACGAUCCUCGUCCUCGCCAAGAACGGCCGCCACGACGCCAAGUACGUCUUCGGCCACUUCGAGGCCAACUCUGGCUGGCCCGAUGGCUGGUCGUUCUGCGUCGGUCUUCUGCACGCCGGCUAUGCCACCUCGUCGACUGGCAUGAUUAUCUCCAUGUGCGAGGAGGUGCAAAAGCCCUCGGUCCAGGUCCCCAAGGCCAUGGUCGCGACCAUCGCCAUCAACACCUUCGCCGGCCUCCUCUUCCUCAUCCCGCUCGUCUUCGUCCUCCCCGACAUCCAGAUGCUCAUCGCCCUGCCGUCCGGCCAGCCCGUCCCGACCAUCAUCAAGGAGGCCGUUGGCUCGCCCGGCGGCGCCAUUGGCCUGCUGAUCCCGCUCAUGGUCCUCGCCCUCCUCUGCGGCAUCGGCUGCACCACGGCCUCGUCCCGCUGCACCUGGGCCUUUGCCCGCGACGGCGCCAUCCCCGGCUCCAAGUGGUGGAUGAAGGUCAACCGCAACCUCGACGUCCCGCUCAACGCUAUGAUGCUGUGCGCCGUCGUCGAGGUCCUCCUCGGCCUCAUCUACUUUGGCUCGUCGACCGCCUUCAACGCCUUCUCCGGUGUCGGUGUCAUCUGCCUGACGGCCUCGUACGCGACUCCCAUCGCCAUCAGCUUGGCCACCGGCCGCAAGCAGGUUCAGGGAGCUGCCUUCUACCUCGGCCGCUGGGGCUACCUCUUGAACGUUGUUGCCAUUGCUUGGUCCCUCCUGGCUCUGCCGCUGUUCUGCAUGCCCUCCGCCCUCCCCGUCACCGCCACGACCGUCAACUACGCGCCGGCCGUCUUCGUCGCCGCCACGGGCAUCUCCGCACUCUGGUACUGGGUCUGGGGGCACAAGAACUACGCCGGCCCGCCCGUCGCGGGCGAGCACCAGCACACCAUGUAG